AUGGGGGAACAGAACGAAGCAGCUGAAACCUUGGAUGACAAUAAAAUGGUUCUUGUCAAGCUAACUGAGGUUUUCAUGGUUGACAAGAAGCCGGCUCCAACUGACUGGCGAAGAUUAUUUGUUUUCAGCAAGGAAUGGGACAACAUCCGGCUUCACUUCUAUAAGCAGUGUCAGGACCGAGCAGAUAGCGAGAAUGAUUCUGGAUGA